GCCAGCUCAAUUGUACCACAGCUAGCGAUCCACUCCAGCUCCAGCUGCUAUGGCGCUAGCCGUCAUAGAGACUUUCCCUCUCUUAGUUCUCAUCUCGCUCACUCUCCUAAAUGUAAUAGUAAAGGUAAAGGCAGUUCCAUCCUUCCAACUGCAAGAACAAGCAGGAGCGCUCCUUGCCUGGCAAGCCACACUAGAAAUAGAAAGCCACCCAGCCCAGCUGCAAUCCUGGGGAAGGGGAAACCAUACUAGCACAUGGCCCUGCAGCUGGUAUGGCAUCAAGUGCAGCAAGCAUCAAGCAAAGCACCAGGAGGUGGUCACCGGCAUCUCUCUACGGGGGCUGCACCUCAAGGGGGAGCUCCACGCCCUCAACUUCACCGCGUUGGCAACCCUGACGACCAUCCGACUCUCGCACAAUCAGAUAAGGGGUUCCUUUCCACCUUCUUUAGCAUCCUCCUUGCCAAGCCUGCGACACUUGAUGCUCCAGUACAAUGAGCUAUCCGGUGAAAUACCAAGGCAAAUAAAACAACUAGAGGGUCUUGUCAAGUUAAAUCUGUCAAACAACUACUUGUCUGGCCCCAUCCCCAGUGAACUAGGCUACCUAAAGAAGCUGGACAGGUUAGAUAUCUCCUACAACAAUCUCGCUGGUCCCAUCUCGAGAAAUUUCGGCAACUUUACUAAACUAGCUAUCUUGUACCUUGAAGGUAAUCAAUUAUCUGGAUAUCUUCCUCACGAACUAGGUUAUCUUGUGAAUUUACAAGAGCUGGCUCUUAGCAAAAACAAACUCGUGGGUUCCAUCCCAGGUACCUUUGGAAGUUUGAUUAACCUCACUCGCUUGAACUUAUGGGGUAACCAACUUUCUGGGUGCAUUCCUAAAGAAUUAGGUCACCUGCUGAAUUUACAAGGGUUGGAUCUAAGCGAAAACAAACUGAUGGGUUCCAUCCCCAGAACCCUUGGGAGUUUGAUUAACCUCAGAACCUUGUACCUAUGGGAUAACCAACUUUCUGGGCAUGUUCCUCGAGAACUAGGUUCCCUUAUGAAUCUAAAUGGUUUGGCGCUAAACAAUAACCAACUAAUGGGUUCCAUCCCUAAUACUUUUGGAAACUUGACUAAGCUCACUAGGUUGUACCUCCGUUAUAAUGGAUUCUCCGGGCAUCUUCCUCGAGAAAUUGGAACCUUACUGGAUCUCGAGGAACUAGAGUUCAGCUCUAACAAUCUCUCUGGUCCCCUACCACCUCAGUUGUGCUCUGGAGGCCAGCUCAAGUAUUUAGCUGCAUUUGACAACAAUCUGAAUGGACCUUUGCCAUCAAGUUUGGUACACUGCAAAAGCCUAGUUAGAGUUCGUCUUGAAAGGAAUCAAAUAGAAGGAGAUAUAUCUGAGAUGGGAUUUCAUCCAAAUCUAGUGUAUAUAGACAUGAGCUCAAAUAAACUGUUUGGUCAAUUAUCUUAUGACUGGGCGGAAUGUCGUAACCUUACCAAACUAGCCAUCUCAAACAACAACAUCAUGGGUAAAAUACCCACAAGCUUGGGGCAAUUAUCUCAGAUAAAUGUACUUGAUCUUUCAUCAAACAAGCUAGAAGGAGAGCUUCCAAGUGAACUAGGCAAUCUACAAAAAAUGUUCAACUUGACCCUCGCAGAUAAUUUGCUCCAAGGCAGCAUACCACAAGAAAUUGGAGCAUUGUCCAGUCUAGAGUUGCUAGAUUUUUCAUCAAAUAACCUCAGUGGCUUGGUUCAAGGAUCAAUUGAGAAUUGUUUAAAGCUUCGCUCAUUGGAUUUGAGUCACAAUAACUUCAACGGAAACAUCCCUGCUAUUCUAGGGGGGUUGCACAACUUACGGGACCUGUUAGAUUUAAGUGAUAAUUCAUUUGUUGGUGCAAUACCAAGCCAACUUAGUGGUCUGAUCAUGCUAGAUAGUUUGAAUCUUUCACAUAAUGACCUUAAUGGCUCCAUCCCAUCAUCAUUUCAGAGUAUGGAAAGCUUGAUAACCAUUGAUGUAUCUUUCAAUGAACUGGAAGGGCCAAUCCCAGAGAGUAAGAUCUUCCAAGGAGCUCCACUGCAGUGGUUCAUGCAUAAUAAGAUGUUAUGCGGUGUAGUGAAAGGAUUGCCCCCUUGCAGUAGUGCAACUCAGAGUGGAAGGGAAAGGAAAGGAUACCAAAAACUUGUACUAGCCACGGUUCCUGCUCUGUUAUCUCUUGUUCUUGUUGUCACGAUACUAGUGUUCCAUUAUGAAUGGAAAGUAUCUAAGAAAAUGAACAUUGAUAAAGUAACACAAGAAAAUGUCUUCUCUGUUUGGAGCUUUGAUGGGGCAAAUGUGUUCAAGCAAAUUGUUGAAGCAACCAACAAUUUUAGCAAGAUACAUUGCAUAGGAACCGGGGGAUAUGGAUCUACCUACAAAGCUACACUUGCAACAUGUGAAAUAUUUGCAGUGAAGAAGAUACACAUGGUUGAUGAUGAGUGUUCCAUGAAUGAGUCAGUCUUUAAUCGUGAAAUCGACGCGUUGGUGCAGAUUCGGCAUCGAAACAUUGUAAAACUAUUUGGAUAUUGUUCCUCUAGCCAGGGAAGGUUUCUUAUCUAUGAAUAUAUGGAGAGAGGAAACCUGUCAGAAAUACUGAAGGACAGUCAAAGAGCAGUUGAAUUGGACUGGAGAAGGAGGAUACAUAUUGUGCUAGACGUGGUGCAUGCCUUGGCAUACAUGCAUCAUGAUUGUAUGUCACCAAUAGUUCACAGAGAUAUAACAAGCAACAACAUUUUGCUUGAUCUAGAAUUUAGAGCUUGUAUCUCUGACUUUGGUACGGCUAAAAUUCUCAAUGCUGAUGGUCGGAAUCUCACGAGGCUUGCUGGGACGAAGGGCUAUCUUGCUCCAGAGCUAGCAUAUACAGAGAAUGUGACGGAAAAAUGUGAUGUAUACAGCUAUGGAGUGCUUAUUCUAGAGUUAUUUAUGGGAUCCCAUCCAGGAGAUUUUCUCUCAUCACUCUCGUUGGCCACCAAGAAUAAUAGUGUGUGCCUGGAGGGUCUGCUGGACUCCAGACUUGUGUUGCCGGAUGCUACAACAGCUAGGGAAAUAUACUGCAUGCUCAGUGUUGCAGUUAAGUGCCUGGAGCAGAGUCCAUCACGCAGACCAACAGCACGACAUGCUAGUGAUAAGCUAUCUGCAAUUACAGUACGUGACGAUCAUGUUGAUUAUCUGCACGCUGGCCUCACCAUUCCUGUACAGUAGUGCCUAUAUAUGGCCAUGGAUGUAAUAUUUGUGUAACUAGCAACAUCCUCUCUACUAGUAAGGACACUUCCAAUGCAUUUAAACCUAUGUGGUAUGCAUUUUUAAAUUUUAGAGCCUUUUUCGUAUUCUCUACAAGUUUUGCCGAGUUUGUCAAGAUCAACUAGCCUCAAGACUCUGGUUUUAGAUGGUUGUGUCGGGUUGGAGCAUGUUGAAGGACUCCAUCUAAGACUUGAAUCAUUCAGCUUAAUUAGAUGCAGGACCGUGAAAGGGUGAUUCCAAGGAAGCG